AGUAGCCUGGCUUGACUUUUUCAUCGACGUGACGCCAUAAUUGAAUGAAUCUUCCAUGCAUUAUGCCAGCGCAGAUUUGUAGUCGUGCUUCCUGAGUGGCGAGUAUUGAUCGAUGUGGACUGUGCUCACAGUUGUGGGUGUGUGCAUGACGAUGGGAGGCGCUGGAGCUCAAGCUCAGAGGGGUGCACAGCUGCGGAUGCUGCGGAUUACACUGUUGGAUAUUUAACAAGUACACACAGAUGACAUCUCAAGUGAACCCCCCUGUCGAUGAUGAGGACUGUAUCGAGCUUGAGAAGGUAGAGGACCAUGUAUCAGAUGAAAACACCACCAAGCCUGGGAUGGGCGGCCCAUCCAGAAAGAUGAGGGCUAAGUCAGUCAGUGGGAACCGCAGACUGAGCACCAUCUCAGAGAGAGAACCAGAGAAGCUGGACACAGAUCCCGGCUCCCAGGAUCCCCUGGGGGCCAGUGAAUGGGGUGGAUCCAGCUUCUCCACAAGUUCUGACAAGUUUAAGAACAGCAGCAGUCAUUUUUCCUCUGCUGAGUCCUAUCAGCCCGACACUGCAGAUGACUGCGCAGCGCUUCUUCUCGCCUGUCUGCACUGCCGUUUCCAUGAGUUAAUAAUGGUCCUGAUACCGGAUACAUGUGAGCGGGCAGUGAGCCGUUGUUUUCCCUCAUACAAAUACAUCAAGGCAUCCAGUGAGCGAGACCAGCAGGAAAGUGAUUGCUGCAAUUGUAAGCUGGAUCUGGACUGUAACUUCUGCGGCUGCUGUCAGGACACAGCAGAGCUCAUAGAGCUGGCUAUGGAGAUCUCUGAGGUGUGCUACCGCUGACAAAUCUUUCUCUGUCUUGUAACUCUGACCUGUGAACACGAGUUCACUGGUUAGUGAAAAAAACAAAGAAAAAAAAAACUUUAAACCUUGAAUGCUCCACAAAAAUUACAUUGCAUUACUUUUUUUUAUCUUGCUCACAUGUGUGUAAUACAUUUCCUGCAUUCCAAAGGUUUUUUAUGAAGGCCUCAUGUUAAAAUUCACAUGAUCUGUAGCUUGUGCUAUUAAAGCAGAUUAACUUAUCGCAACCCCUUUGGAACAGUGCAGAUUUGGCUUCAAUUAUGUGUCAGAUUUCUUAUUUGUUUCAACAACCACACUCACCAGGCCUGGCAAAACCCAACUUUUCUGUCUAAA